AUGAUCAGUUCCACUACUGAUCAGAAAGAUGCUGGUGGCGGCCGUGAUGGUAUAGCAAAGAAUGAGGGAGGCGCAAAAAUUGAAGAUGAUGACUUAGUAGCAUGGCUUAUGUGUUCCGAUGAGGUUCUUGAGGAAGAAAGUGAGGAAGAAAAUGAUAAUAUAUCAUUGGAUAUACCAUUGGAUCCGUUAUUCUUCUAUCUUGAGGAAGAGGAAAAUGAAAUUUCUUCCAAGAAAGGAAAACAAGUAGCUGGUGAUGUAUCAAUCAAUGAUUCUUCAACAUUUCCGUUGCCAUUGCCAUUGGAUUCAAAGAAGAGAAAAGAGGGACCUGUAACUGAAACAGUUUCUGCAGAAACUCCAACCAAGAUAAGAAGAUGUCACCCUCCUGGUUCUGGUUCCGGAUCAAAGAAGAGAAAAUAA